AUGGAAUCUCUAACUCCCUCACCAAACACAGUAGAUGUGAAUCUGAAGAUAACUCAUGUAGAAUGCCAUACUGAAAACUUGAUUAUAGUGUUCCAGGGUCAAUACAAGUCAGGAUGUGAGCUUGACUAUUACAUACUACAAAAUGAAAUACAGCGUGUAUUCAAAGGAAAAGACAAUGUUCGCGUUGGUGGAUGUUGUUUGGUGGAAGACACGCAAGGAAAAUGGCAUAGAGGAAGAGUUCUGGAAAAGAGAGGGGAUGUCUGUGAAGCUUUUCUUAUAGACACUGGACAGGUGCUGGUGGUUGAGGAAACACAUCUUGCUUCUGCUUGUGAUGAAUUGUUUCAGCUGCCUCCAAAGGUGGUUUUGGGUGUUUUUGCAAGCAUACUUCCACUUGGUGAAAAAUGGGGUUCAAAAGCCAUGAACUAUUUUUCAUCUUUGGUGGGACUGCAGAUUAGGGGUCAUGUGAAAGCUGUUAUACCAUACCAGCUGUUAAUUCUAGAAGUACCGAAGAUCAUUCAUGAUGUUCUUGAUCUGCAGUUAGGAAAAUUUGUUGAUGGAGAUUCAUUUUGUCUUAUUGUAGAAACAUUAAGAGCGUUUCCACAAGAAAUGCUUUGUAAGAGAGUGCCGCAAUUGUUGCAACAGAAGCAUCCAGUUAAAGAGUUGCUUACUUUCAGUAAUUCUGAGAGACCAACAGAUUUUGGGCCAGUUCCAGAUGAUCUCUUUCCACGUCUAGCUGUUGGCAGUAAAGAAAAUGUAAAAAUAACUGUUGCAGUAAACCCAAAUAAAUUUUACUGUCAGAUGCAGAGAUUGCAGAAAGAGCUGAAAGAUUUGACAGGAGCUAUGCAUUUAUACUAUGAAGCUAGCAGUACAGAAAAUAGUAAAUCUUUUGAUAGUGUAGGGGUACUCUGUGCUGCCAAAAGGCAAAAUGGACAGUGGCAUAGAGGAGUGAUAAAAAAGCUUCUCUCCAACUCUGUGGAAGUCUGGUUUAUGGAUUUUGGCAACACUGAAGCUGUGCCAUCUAGUUGCGUUCAGAAACUUGCAGUAGAGUUCAUGACAUUACCGAUGGUUUCAUUUCCAUGUGCACUAUCUUGUUGUGGUAGUCAGGAUGAAACAGUAAUAAAAAUUCAGCUGAAAGAAUUUAUACAGGCCUUGAUAAGGCAAACUUCUGUGUGUGUCCAUGUUGAUUUAAUCAAUGACGCUAAACGCUUGUAUUACGUUACACUGCAAGAUCAAAAUCUUGGAAUUGAUGCUAAACAUCCAGAAAACCUGAAUGAGGCAGCUGCAUCAUGUAUCUCACCUUCAGAAAUGAAUAUAACAAGUAUUGCUAUGAACUACAAGCCUUGUGAUGAGAGAUACAGUUCAUUUAAAAAUUGUACUGGAAAUAUACGCACAAAAAACUGCUUACCUGAAUGGGAUAUUUCUUUGUCAAGGCAUUACAAAAGAGCAGAAAUGAAAAUUAAUUCUUUCCAUACUGUUUUUGUGGUAUAUGUCAUAAAUCCAUCUGACUUCUGGAUUCAAAUGUGUGAAUAUUGGAAUGAAUUUCAAGCCUUGAUGAAAAAUAUUGCAGGUGUAUAUAACCGAUGUGGAGCUGAUGAAAUGGUCCUUAAAAACCCAGAACCUGGAUUGCUGUGCUGUGCUCGUUGUAGCAAAGACAUGCAUUAUUAUCGGGGUGUUGUCAUUGAAGUGCUUCAUAAAAAUAUUACUGUUCAUUUUUUGGACUCUGGAAAUACAGAUACAGUACCAUGUUAUGAUGUAAAAACAUUGCUUCCUGAGUUUUCUGAUAUACCAGCUUUAGCUGUGUGUUGUGAGCUUGCUUGUACGUACCCUGUAGAUGAUGUGUGGGUUAAAAGGGAAACUGAUUUCUUCAAGGGCAUUGUAUUUAACAGACCACUCCUGCUUUUUGUCAUUGGAAAGCAAAACAACAAAUACAUUGUUAACAUGAAGUAUAAGAAUAGUUUGGAGCAAGGAAAUGUUGCCACACUUAUGGUUCAAGCUGGAUUUGCUGAGUACUGGGAAAAGACACCAGAUUCUGCCCUGAAGUUGUUUAAUUGGUCUGAAGAAGUGAUUAGCCAUUUUAAAGACACUAUUUCUGCUUCUAGAGGACCACUGACUUGCAUCAUUUAUGCUCUUGUUCUUGUAAACUCCAACAGUAUAUGCAAUAUAGUUGACUUACAGAGUCCAUUUAUUGAUGCAGAGGAAUUCCUCAGAAAGCAUGGUCUCACCCAGCCUGAACAUACUGGUCUGAGAAGCCUUGCAUCUUUGGGUUCUCUGCACAGUUUUUGCUAUUCAUCUUUUAAUAUAAAAAUUGGAAGUGAAGAGGAGGUUUACAUAACUCACAUACAUAGUCCUUCAAAAUUCUAUUGUCAGCUUAAUCGAAACACUGCAACUAUAGAGGCAUUGAUGAAGAAGACUAGUGUCAUAAGUAAAAUGCCAAAUAAUGUGAAAUAUGAUACCAGCAGCAAUACACGAUUAUGCAUAGCCAGAUAUUUUGAAGAUGGUCUCUUUUAUAGAGCUUUGGCUUUUCCUGUGGAAUCAACAUCCUAUGUAUGUGUUGACUUUGUGGAUUUUGGAAAUAAGAAUAUAGUAGAGAGAGACCAGUUGAUGCAUAUUCCAGACUCUGCCACUGAUCUAAUAUUUACACCCAUGCAGGCUAUUAAAUGCUGUCUGUCAGAUCUUAGGGAGACAAGAAUUCCAGCAAGAGUUACAAGGUGGUUUGAAGAAACAUUCCUUGGUAAGCUGCUGAAGGCUGUAAUUGUAUCCAGAGAAUCAGAUGGACAGAUUGUUGUGGAACUGUAUGAUGGACAGCUCAAAGUAAGUGAGAAAAUUAAAGAAAAAAUAUCGGAAGAAUUGGCACUGAAAAAUUAUACAGAGCAACUUGUUGGAAGUAAUGGAGGAGUGAUACAUCACACUGAAGAUGAGGAAGAGAUUAAUAAAGUAACUGUUAAAAAUCCUGAAAGAGUUAAAUUGAAAGCUAAAGUGAAAUGCCAAGCGUAUGAGAAGUAUUACCAGACAGAUAUUGGACAGAGUUCUGGAGAUAGAGAGCAAACUGCAUGUAACACAGAUAAGUUGUGUAGUGGGUCCUCAGAACCACUGACUUCACAGGACAUUGGAGAACCAGUUUCUGAAAACAGUGUUGCUGCUCAGCACAGAGAGGAACCUCUGUUUGGCGACCCUGCUUCUCGCUCACUCUGCCAUCCUGCUUUAAAUUCAAUGGAAUUAAAAAAUCUUCCUCAACGUGAUAUUCAGGUGAAUUGUGAAGUAGGAGGGUAUAUUUCUCAUAUGAAUAGUCCAUCAAGUUUCUAUGUUCAGCUUGCAGAGGAUGAAAACAUAAUAAUGCAACUAGCGGAAGAAUUAAAGGAAAGCAUGGUAAGUACAGGUCACGAAAAUUUCUCACACGAGCUCAUGGUAGGGGAUCUUGUUGUGGCAGAGGAUGACGCUGUUAGUUUUUACUGUAGAGCAGUUAUUAAAACUCUGAAAUCGGGAAACUCCUUUGAGGUAGAGUUCAUUGACUAUGGUAAUACAGCAGUUGUAAGUCCUUCAAAAAUCUGCAGGAUUCAGGAAAAGUUCUUAACUUUGCCGAGACUCAGUGUUCAUUGUUUCCUUAGCAGAGUAAAACAUGUUCCUGAUGAAAGCUGGACUAAUAAUAGUACUUCCGAUUUUAUAAGCAAAAUAAGUAACAAGCCAGUUGCUUGCAAGUUCUUACAGCGACAUGGGGAGCAAUGGGAAAUAGAUAUAAUUUGUGAUGGGAGGUCUAUGUCCAAUAGCCUGCAGAAAAAAGACAGGACAAGGUGGCAGAACACAGCAAUACAUAAUCGGGAAAAUAGGCAAAACCAAAUUCUGGUUAAAAAUGGUAAUGCUCAAGACAGAAAGUCUAGGAAUAGUUCAGGUGGUCAAAGUGAAACUAAGGCUGUUAGGAUGAAAAAGACUUCCACGGCAGCCUUAAAUGUCCUUCCUCAAGAUCUAAAAUCUGGACAGAUAGAAGGGGCAGAAGUAAUAAAUAUUUCGGAGAAUGGAGAAUUUCAUGUACAGUUACUUAGAAAUUUGCAAAUAUUACGCAAGUUAAAUGUAACGCUUGUGAAAGAAGCACAGAGAAGUGAUUUGCUUAGUGUGGGUGACAUCAAAGGAGGAUUGGAAUGCAUCACGAAAUCUGAAAGGAACUUAAAGUGGUAUCGAUCAAAAGUGAUGAAGAAAUUUAUCAGGGAGAAGUUAAUGCUAGUUUUUUUCAUGGAUUAUGGCACCUGUGAGAUAGUGUCUUUAAAUAAUGCCAAGAUGCUCAGUGAUGAGUUUAAAAGUAUUCCUGAACAAGCUGUGUGCUGUAAAUGGGUUUGGUUUGAAAAAAUGAGGACAAUUCAGUUUGUCCAUGUAGUAAAUGCACUCCUGGAUCAUGAAAUAAAGAUCUUGUUUAUGAAAUAUUUGGAAUCUUCUCAUAUCUGGGAAGUAGAUAUUUUCAUAGGGGAAAUUCUGCUUCUGGAGUAUUUGAACGAGCUCUUAGGUCAUUGUUGGACUAUUGUUGGACCAGAAAAAUCCAGUAAUAUGAACUGUAAGGAGUUUGAAACAUUGGUCAACAGAAAAUCAGUCCCAUGGAUGCUGCUGCAGAGAGGCAGAAGGUAUCCUGGAUUUGCAACUGCAGUUACUGAUCCUUACAAUUUCUGCAUCCAGUUUGAAGUCUUAUUUGACUGCAUGAAAAACUUGUCUUUGCUGCUCUCUGACCUUCCUGACAAUUUGCCAGCUUUGCCAGAAAGACUUGUGGCUCCUGGUGCUACCUGCUUGAUCAAACUAGGACUGGAAGCACAGUGGAACAGAGCAGAAAUAAGUGAAGUGACAAGUCAGUCUGUUGUUCUUACGUUUAUUGAUUAUGGCUUUCUGAAGAGCAUCCCUUACUCCAGUAUCCAUAAACUUAAAGUUAUUCCAGAAAGUGUCUCUUAUAUACCACGCUUGGCGCAGUCUUGCUCUUUACACAAUACAGCUCCUGCCAAAGGAGAAUACUGGAGUGGUGAAGCUAAACUUCUGUUUCGGAAGCUUCUUAGUAAACCAGGUCUGAUAGUUUAUUUUAAACACUAUGGCUCUAAAAUGAAAUUAGAGGUGGAUGUUACGUAUGAGGAGAACAAUCUCGCUCAUGCCUUAAUUGCUGCUGGUCAUGCAGUCUGGUCUGAAAGAAAGUGCUGCCUCAUACCAGUUGGCAGAAUUAAAUCAGGAAAGACCGAUUAA